GGGCGGGGCCCUGCCUUCCUCCACCUCCCUCCUCCUCCUCCUCCUCACCACACCACAGCCAGGCACAAUGGCCUUUGAAAGCCUGUUCUCCAAACCCCCAAACCCAGUUCUUGACCCAAACAUGCCCGACUCUGACAGGCAACAUGCAGGGGACGAAAGGGAAGAUGGAGAGCUGGAAGAUGGGGAAAUAGAUGAUGCAGCCUAUGAGGAUGUGAAGGAACACGGCUCAAAAGGGGAGGACAAACAGAAAAACGAGAAAGGCCACCGGAAAUCCCGGAAAAAACGCAAAAAAGAGAAGGAAAAGAAAAAAUCCAAAAGGAGAAGACGGGACAAGCAUAAGCAUAACUCCCCUUCCAGCGAUGACAGUUCCGACUACAGCCACGACUCCGACAUGGAGCGCACGGAAAGGCCCCACAAAAAAAGCAGCAGCUCUUCCUACAGGGAUUAUGAGUCCUCCUUCAGUCAGCAUGGACAUGUGUCAGGGAAUUACAUGAGUUCCCAGAAAAUGCAGCAUAAAAAAAAUGUCAAAAGUAAGGAUUAUGACAACUACAGCCAUUACAGUGAUGAAAACUUUGGCAAUUACAACGAGGAGGAAAAGGAUGAGGAUUUUGCUGACCAGCUCAAGCAGUACAGACAAGCUAAAGAGACUUCUAGUGGGGAUUUGGGACCUCCAUUCCCAAAGGAACCAGUGAAGAAACAGGGCAUGAAAGGGAUCCAGAAAGGCAUUUCCCAACGAGGGAACAACUACAGUGUUGGAAGAGGUCGUGGAAUGCAAAAGAAACUGAAGCGCAAGGAUCGCGGCAGGGGCAGAGGCGGCAAUAAAGGAUCCGAUGGCUUCCAUGAGGAUGGCAAACCAGUGAAGAAAUGGGUUAAUAUGAGCCAGGAGUUCAUCAACCAGCACACAGUGGAGCACAAGGGCAAGCAGAUCUGUAAAUAUUUCCUUGAAGGGAGGUGUAUUAAGGGAGAACAGUGUAAAUUCGAUCAUGAUGCAGAGAUUGAGAAGAAAAAGGAAAUCUGUAAGUUUUACAUCCAGGGUUACUGCACCAAAGGAGAGAACUGCAUUUAUUUGCACAAUGAAUUCCCCUGCAAGUUCUACCACACAGGAGCCAAGUGUUAUCAAGGAGAUAAAUGCAAAUUCUCUCAUGCUCCCCUGACUGCAGAAACCAAGGAGCUGUUGGAUAAGGUGUUGAAUAACGAGGAGGAGCCCCAGAAUGAAGAUGAGAAGGAGCUGGAGGAGCUGCGGAAGCGAGGCAUUGUUCCUCUCCCCAAACCCCCGCCGGGGGUCGGGCUCCUGCCAACCCCCCCGGAGCAGUACCCCUUCUCCGAGUCUGACAUGGAAAACUACCAGGAUCCUUCAGGAGAUUACAAGAAAAUCCCAUCUCUCUUUGAAAUUGUCGUGAAGCCCACUGUGGAUCUGGCACACAAAAUUGGGAAGAAGCCACCGAGUUUCUACAACAGCGGGUCACCGCCGCGGCCGCCGUUCCAGGGCAACGACCCCCAUUCCCAGCACAUGUACAACCCUGGCUCCAGCCCAGGGCCGGGCCCUGGCAUGUCCCAAGGACACAACGGGCCCCCCAUGCACCCCGGCUCCCCCGGGCACCAUCCCUGCGGCGGCCCCCAGGGGCCGGGAAUGCCGCACAGCCCCCCCAUGCAGGGCGUUCCCCCGGGCUACAUGGGCCCGCAGAACCAGACCGGAAUGGCCAUGCAGGGCCAGCAGGGUGGGCCACCCCUCACCCCGCCGGGCAUGGGGGGAUCCUACAACUCGCCCGGGGUGCAGGGACACAUGGUGAACAUGCCAAGGGACAAUCACUGUCCCCCGGGGCCGCAGUACCAGCAGAUGCCCGGGGACUACGAGCCCAUGCAGAACCCGGCCGACUUCUACGACAACUAUUACUCCCACCAAGCUGUGCACAACUUCCAGCCAGCCAAUAAUUCCGGAGAUGGAGCGUGGCACGGAGAGUUCCCGGAUCACCAGGCUCACCUGAUGGCUCCGGAUUCGCACCCGGGCGGGAGCGAGUCGGACUGCAUGGGCGGCCACAUGGGCCACAACCAGGGCAUCAACGUGCCUGAUUUCCUGCCAGCCAUGCAGAAAGCGCUCUAUGUGAGGCUCAGCCAGAAGCACCAGCGGGAUGGAGACUCUGCCAGCAGCCAGGGCCAGAGGGCCAUGAGCAAAGAUGAAGAUGACAAUGUCAACUGGUAUUCCAGUAGCGAGGAGGAAGAGGGGAGCAGUGUUAAAUCAAUCCUGAAAACCUUAAAGAAACAGAGCGAAAACUUUAGGAAUCGGCAGCAACAUUCCACGGAGCAGCACAUGCUGGGGAUGCCUACGGAUCCGAGGCUGGCCAAAGACAAAGGUGUGGGGCCUCAGGCUGCUGACCCCCGGCUCCGGGCCUCUCCCAGGCCCAACCCCAGGAAACCUUCGGAGUCGGCGUCCCUGGAUCCCCGGCUGGCCCGCGAUCCGCGGAUGCACAAGGUCAGCGAGGGCCACCCCGGCUCCUCCCUGCCCGGGGCCAAGCUGGAUUUGCACCACGCCCACGCCGGAGCCAAGGUCAAGCAGAAAGGGCUGGAUGACGACGAGGAGGACUCGGAGAGGGAGCUGAGGGAGCGAGCUUUCCUCAUUCCCUUGGAGCCUCUGCCGGGCGUCACGUUGCGGGAUCCGCGCUCCCAGCUGCGCCAGUUCAGCCACAUCAAGAUGGACGUGACGCUGAUGAAACCCAACUUUGCCAAGCACAUCGUGUGGGCCCCCGAGGACCUGCUCCCAAUCCCUCUGCCCAAACCCGACCCCGUCUCUUCCAUCAAUUUGCCCCUCCCUCCGCUCAUCGCCGACCAGAGACUGAACAAACUGCGGAACCUGAAGAAUGAUCCGCACCCCAACGCCAUGCCGGCCGACCCCCGGCUCGCCGCCAAGGCCAAAAACAGCCUGGCGGCCCGGGGUGCCUACCUGGAUCCAUCCGCAGAUUCCCACGCCAGUAGCUCCAGCAAACUGGGGGAUCCUCGCUUGCAAAAGAACGUCGACCCCAGGCUCCACAGACUGUCGAGCGCGGACGCUCACCACGGAGCCGGGAAGGAUUCCCACCCUCCCAAGUUUGACCCGCGCCUCGCCAGAGCUGCCGCCAGCUCCUCGCAGCCCUCGGAAGCCGCCGCUCCGAAACCCGACCCCGACGCUCUGCCUCCGUACGCGCCCAAAUUAUCGUCCAGCGGCGGCAGGCUGGGAGCUCCCGGCUCCAUCCUGAGCGGGAUCAGCCUGUACGACCCCAGGGAUCACAGCUCCUCCUCGGACACGGCUCCGGCCGCGUCAGGAGAGAACGGAGAGAACCAGAAGAAAAGCAUUUUGAAAAAUUCCAGUAAAAGCGAGCCGAGCCUGGCGGAAGAGGCGUCCCAGCAGAAGGCUGCCUCCUCCAGCACGGAGAAACCCGCGGAAGGGUCGGCGGAAGCUGCUUCAGACAAGGCGAACAGCAGCGGCAAAUCUCAGGCGAAACACUCCAGCGCUGCUCCUGCCGUCCACAACCUGCCAAUCCAGGCUCUGUCGGGGCUGAUCCGGCCGCAGUACAGCGACCCCCGGCAGGUGAGGCAGCCCGGACAGGUAACGCCGGCCCCGGAGAGCGAUCCCAACGGGGAGUCGGAUGACAAAUCCCUCAAAGAUGUGUUCAAGACUUUCGAUCCAACCGCUUCCCCCUUUUGUUAGCAGAUGGCUUUGGAGUCUUUUUACCGUUGUGGGUAUUGCAGUUCUCUGCUGUUUUGUACCUGGGUUACCUCUUUUGGCUUUAUUUAUUUUUAAAUUAUAAUUCCCACCACUUUUCAGCUGCUAAUCUCCGAACCACACGCAGUUCUCCAGUACGCUCGAGUGUUUGCAAAGCUGUGGUAUUUUCUAGAGGAAUCCUUUUUCUUUCCAAUUUCAGGGAGACUAAUAAUUGACCUGUAGAAAGGAAACCAAUCCCCCCCCCUCCGGAUCAUGUUAGAGCUGAGAAAAGCACUUUCAUUGUAAAUAAGUCAUGGAAAAUUCCCAGAGCUGUAUAUGUGUGAGCUGCCUCUUUCCCAACCACCACUUAGAUCCGAUUGCCACAUUUGUAUAGAUCCAAGCAAUAUUAUGUACAUGAAUUCCCAGGAGUGAUGCCGUUCCAGGACUGCCAAACCCCCGAACUGACGGAAAACCCCACGGAAAUUAAUUCAAAGGAAAGCGUCGCUCCCCCUUUUCCAAUGAGUUGAUGUAAGACACGGACAGUUUUUAUUCCUGCAGUCAAUAUUAGUGUAAAAGAGACUAUAUCACAUAUUGAGGAUGAAAAAUGUCAUAUCUUUUAAAAGUAUUUUAUUCUAUGCUGUACAUAGAAGAAAUUGUGAAGUACAUAACUAGCAAAAGUAACUGUUCAAAGUGGAGAAAACUACAUUGUCUAAUACGAAAAAAAAGGAAAAAAAAAAGGUUUUUAUUUAAUUUUUUUCCACGCCUACACGAUUGGGAUUUAGUGCUCCGAGUUCCAUUGUGGUGUUCAUGUAUUUCAACGUAUUUUUGUAUUCAGCUGCUUAAUUUGUAUUGCUUUUUUUGUAUGGCUGUAACUGCAGUACUUGUAUUCAUGGUGUCUCGACGACAUUUUUAACAAAACAAUUAAAAAGGGUACAGUUAAUUCCUGGUGACGACUCGGUGUGCGUACGGUGGCAGCUGGGAUGAGGGGGACUACAGCUGGCCGUUUUGGGAUGGUUUGUGGGGUUUUUACCUAACCUUGUGCCUGAUCCCGAGCUCUCAUGGAGAGAGUUGCCAUUUUCCACCAUGGAACAUCCUUGAAUUGCCCAGGUUUUGCAUGGCAGAGCACACUUGUCCUCCAGAUCUCUCAUCUGCCUUUGGGGCUGCUUUUCUCCAGAGGAAACACUAGGAAAUUCCCAGCCAGCUGCCUUCCCAGUGAAAAUGUGCUGGCUGCUUCAUCCAUCAUCUGCUUCCCACCCCUUUGGAAUGUUCCUCUGCUCUAAGUCUCUUCCUUGGUGGAACUUUCCCUCUUGUUUUUCCCUUGGCCAAGUGACGGUCAGGGAUCUUUUCCUCUUUGUUUGUUUGCCACUGGGGACAGCAGAGUGUUUAUCCCAAAUCCUGAGGUUUGGCCAGUGAUUCCUGCCUGGCAGAGGAGGCAUCUCCAAAGGCAAUCGUGGUUCCAGUUGGCCUUCCAUUAAUUUGAUUUUUUUUUUUUUUUUUUUUAGGAAAAGUAGAGAAUAGACAUGGAACUGGGUUGUUAUCCAUUCCUUCCUGGAAUCCUUCCUAGAAUCCUUUCCUUGCUUCCUGGAAUUCUUCCUUCUUCCUCUCCUCCAUCCACCCCUGCUUUAUCCAUUGCAGAUACCUUCCCAGAGUCUCCAGAGUGCCUGCUGCUGCUUUUCCUGGGAAUAUGGAGGAGAUUCCUUGCCACCACGCAAGUAAUGGAAUUCCUGGUGUGGGGAAGGUGGUUGGGAUGCAGUUGGGACACCAGGGUGGGCUGGAAUGGGCUGCAGCCACCAUGGAGCCAGUUGUGAUUGUGCUGUUGGAUUGUGUGUCCUUUCCACCUCUCCUGCAGAAUUCCAGCACGGAGCAGUGUUUCCAGCUCGUGAUCCUGAGGCUGGGAAGGAGGGAUGUGCAGGGCCAGGAUGCAGGAGCAGCAGUGUCACCAGUCUGGGAUACUCUGGAAGCUGUGAGGGGAGAUGCUGGAAGGAUCCCGGUGCUGGUGAGGCAGUAAUGGAGCAGAUGCCAAGCCUGGAGUGUGUGGAGGCAGCGAUGCCGAGUGGUCUCCUCCACCUGGGUGUUGCUGAAGGAGAUUUUGGUGAGUAGAGCUGGUGGGAGAGCUGCCCACCCCCUGCUGGGUCCACUCCACCUGCCCACCAGC